AUGGACGACUACUACAAAACUAAUGCGCUGCCUCCCCAGGAGGGGCAGCGUCAAAUGCCACAACAACACGAGGGGCAGCAACAGCAGCAGCAACAGCCAUCCGGCAAUGUCAUCGACAUGAUCAAUCGUUCAUCGGUAUCAGGCUCGCAAAUGUCUCUGCAACCCCCACCGUCCGCGAUGCCACAACUUAUACAGAACCAGCCGAUGAUAUCAGGGGACUCUCUGGAUGAUAUCAUAAGGAAUAAUCAUACUGAGAUGCACCGCCGAAAGAGCAUGCCCCAUGCUUACGGAAGUCCCCUCAUGCAAGAUGAAAACCCUCGGCGAAUGUCUUCUAUCGCGGCCUCUGAGGAUGUCAUGGCCUUUGACCCAAGUCAGCAUGACUUGGGAAACUUCCAGUUUUCACAGCCCGUUGGCUCAUCAUUUCAUGGCAUCAAUCCAAGUUUAGAAAUGACAGAUCAGAUGGGAGGUUUUGUUACCGAUGCUACUGACUACUCUGGAAUUUCCGCCGACCUGAUCGGUCCCAUGAAUCCACCUCCCUUCGGCAACGUCGAAUUGAGCCAGAUGCCGAACGAACCUUCACUAUCACUCUUCCCACCAUCACCUGUUCCUGGAGCAGGGUCUGGGGCGAGGCCCAUGAAUAGUGGGUUUGUUUCUGGACAGAUGCCCAACUUGAGUGCGACAUUCGGGACGGAACCGGCGCCGAGUAGCUCGACUCUGACAGCAACUUCGAAUACGCUACCCGGCUCUAUAGACGACCAUCCCGAUGGCAUGAUGCAUAUCUCGACCUCGCAGUUGAAUGCCGUGAAUCCACCGGCGAGUCGGGUGCCUGAAACAAUGGUUGCAAACCCCGUGUCGAGCAACUUGGGGCAACCGUUACCGCAUUCGCUGUCAAGGCACAUAUCUUCCGAGUCAGGGAUCACUCAGCCAAGUUCUACAUCUGGGCCCACUACCCCAGCCACGACAUCAACUCCUCGAGAAAGCAAGGAGAAAACAAUAUACUCCAAGAGUGGGUUCGAUAUGCUGAAAGCACUGUGGCUGGUGGCUACAAGGAAAGACCCGAAGAUUCAUCUCGGGGCUGUUGACAUGUCAUGUGCAUUUGUCGUCUGUGACGUCACAAUGAACGACUGCCCAAUCAUUUAUGUGUCAGAUAAUUUCCAGAAUCUUACGGGAUACAGUCGCCAUGAGAUUGUAGGUCAGAAUUGUCGCUUUCUUCAAGCGCCAGACGGCAAGGUUGAGGCUGGGUCCAAACGUGAAUUCGUGGAUGAUGGUGCCGUUUAUAAUUUGAAGAACAUGAUUCGUGAGGGCCGUGAGGUUCAACAAAGCUUGAUUAACUAUCGAAAAGGCGGGAAGCCGUUUCUAAAUUUACUUACCAUGAUACCAAUCCCAUGGGACACGGACGAUAUCAGAUAUUUCAUUGGAUUCCAGAUCGACCUAGUUGAAUGCCCAGAUGCUAUUUCAGGACAAGAGCUGGGCGGCGUCAAAGUCAAUUACAAGCACAAUGAUAUUGGUCAGUAUAUCUGGACACCGCCAGCUUCUAGUCAAUGGCAGCCAGAGAACGGACAAACGCUGGGGGUUGAUGAUGUAUCAACACUCCUUCAGCAAUUUAGCCCAAAGGGAUUGGUGUCUGAUUGGCAUAAGCAGUCCUGGGACAAGAUGCUAUUGGAGAACACCGAUGAUGUUGUACAUGUCCUGUCCCUCAAAGGGUUAUUCUUGUAUUUAUCCCCGUCUUCGAAACGAGUUCUGGAGUAUGAUGCUAUUGACCUCGUCGGCAAUUCCUUAUCCUCGGUUUGCCAUCCCUCCGACAUUGUACCUGUUACGCGAGAAUUGAAGGAUGCGACAGCUAGCGCCCAAGUCAAUAUUGUUUUCAGGAUAAGACGGAAGCAAAGCGGGUAUACGUGGUUUGAAAGUCAUGGGUCAUUAUUUGUUGAGCAGGGUAAAGGUAGGAAGUGUCUCAUCUUGGUUGGCCGCAAACGACCCGUCUUUGCACUUAGUCGCAAAAACUUAGAGUCAAAUGGUGGCAUCGGUGAUAGUGAGCUGUGGACCAAGUUGUCAACUUCUGGAAUGUUCUUGUUUGUUUCAUCGAAUGUCCGGUCGUUAUUGGAUUUGCAGCCCGAAUCACUUGUCGGCACAAGCAUCCAAGAGCUCAUGCGAAAGGAAUCUCGCCUUGAUUUCGGGCGACAAAUUGAAGCGGCUCGGCGAGGAAAAAUUGUUUCCUGCGAGCACGAAGUCCAGAAUCGUCGAGGCCAGGGUCUUCGGGCCCUAACCAUACUGUAUCCGGGUGAUGCUCCAGAAGGGCAGAAGCCAUCAUUUCUACUCGCACAGACAAAGUUGGUGAAAGCCAAUCGUGUUGUCCUAGCGACUGCAACGAGCAAUAGCCAAGCAGCCUCAACGUCGUCUCAAUCUAACGCAGUUCCUGAAUUACAUUCGGGUGCAGGGCAGGUCUCCCAACCCCCUGGAGGGGGUUUGCCCCUCGGGACACAGGAUGCAGCCUUAGCAGCCUUAGCAGCCGAAGACAACAUCUUCGACGAGCUUCGGACGACGAAAUGCUCCAGCUGGCAAUUUGAGCUGAGACAGAUGGAGAAGGUGAAUAGAAUUCUUGCCGAAGAGCUUGGUGGGCUUCUGUCCAACAAAAAGAAGAGAAAACGACGAAAGGGGGUCGGAAAUAUGACCGGACGUGUGUCGCCGCGGAACUCUUUUCGGGGAGGCAAUAAUGGCAACGGCGAUUCACAGAGCAAGAAGUCUCCAUCUCCCAUUCAUUCAUCUCCUUUGCAUAAAGAAUUUGCUUCUGAGAACCCAACUUCGCAAGCUGUGGUAGCCAAGGGCGACACAGACGAGACCGACAUGCUGAAUCCCUCACAGCUAGGCAACCACGUUUCCAGCGAAGCAUCAGAAUCCAACUUGGUUCAAAGACAGAUGAUGGCGAUGCCACCUCCGAGCCAGCCGUCACUUUCGAGUGGUGCGGCAGGUUCGGGUAUGACGUCUAUUCGUGAAGAACAUGAAGCGAGUCAGUCAUAG